GUUGAAAUUAACCGGCACUUCAUUAAAGAAAAGUUAACAAGGGCUUGAUUUGCAUGCUUUUUGUGAAAUUAUGAGGAAUCUUGACAGGGUAUAGUUGUGUAACCUAGCACAUUACCCUAUUUUGACAAUCUUUUCUUGUUCUUCUUUUUUUGCUCUCUCUCUCUCUCUAAACCCUAUUGGUUUCACAGCUUAACUGUAAAUUAUGUUUAGUAGCUUUGAAGGAACAUAUACACUCAUAUAUUGUAGAACUCAUGCAAAACUGAAGCAGAAAUUCUGGAGUACAAUAAUUUCCUUUGGUUCCCAUUUCUUUUUUAUCGUGAUAUAUUUAAUUUUGGAGUACAAAAACACUUUUUUUUUUAUUCCAAGGACAGUGUUGCACUGUUGCAUAUGCAAAUCUCUUUUUCUUUCUUAAUUAGGUACAUCUCCACAUAUAAUUUUUUUCAUAUGAGCAUUUAAGUUAUAUGUAUGAUUCAGGACAAGAAAUACUCCCUAAUGGAAUCUAUACAUAUGUUGAUGUUAGAGAUGUUGCAUAUGCACAUGUUCAAGCAUUGGAGAUUGCUUCAGCUAAUGGCAGAUAUUGUUUAGUCGAGACACUAACAUACUCUUCAGAAACUCGGAAGAUAUUACACAAGUUUUAUCCUACCCUCAACCUUCUAGAAAAGCACAGAGCAGUAUAUGCCAUUGGUGUAAUAAGACAAGCUGAAAUGGCCGUUGGGGAGUUGCAAGAGCUGAAGAGGAGAGAAAACACCAACUCCAUACCGCAAAAUGAACCAGUGAUAACAACAUGGAGUGCUCCGCCUAGGGGUUCAAUUAAGCUCAACUACGAUGGAGCGUUUCUAGCAAAAACUAGGAGGGGACCUUUUUGCAGUGGUGGCACAUGA